AUGCAAAUGAAAAAUCAAACCAUGGUGACCGAAUUUAUCCUCCUGGGACUUUCCAGUGACCCACAGAUGCAGAUUUUCCUCUUCCUGGUGUUUUUAGUUAUUUACCUAAUCACUCUGGGUGGUAACAUAGUGAUCAUGGUGGUGAUAAGAGCUGAUUCUCACCUUCACAUCCCUAUGUACUUCUUCCUCUUCCACUUAUCCUUUGUUGAUAUCUGCUAUUCCUCGGUCACGGUGCCUAACACACUGAGGAACUUCCUAGCAGAGCGCAAAACUAUUUCUGUCAAUGGCUGCAUUACCCAGAUAUUCUUCUUUUUCCUCUUAGCUGUUACUGAAGCUUUCAUUCUCUCAGCGAUGGCUUAUGACCGCUACGCUGCCAUCUGUGACCCAUUGCGUUACAUGGAGAGAAUGAGCAAAGGGAUCUGUGUUCAGCUGGUGAGCGGUGCAUGGGCAAUAAGUUUCUCGCAUGCCCUGCUUAACACUGUUUUUACCGUCAAGUUGCAUUUCUGUGGGCCCAAUCAAAUCAGCCAUUUCAGUUGUGAGCUCCCUCCUCUAUUACAACUGUCCUGCACUGAGACACUCACCAAUCAAGUCGUGCUUCUUACUUCUGCUGUCAUACUUGGAUCAAUCUCCUUUCUCUUCUCCCUGAUCUCCUACAUUCUCAUCAUCUCCACCAUCCUGAAGAUACGCUCUGCGGAGGGCAGGCGUAAAGCCUUCUCCACCUGCAGCUCCCACCUUAUUGUAGUUAUUUUGUUUUACCUGACAGCUUUUUUCCAGUACACAAAACCCAACUCAGUCUCUUCUGUGGUUCUCGAUGAAAUGUUCUCCAUCCAGUACAGCAUCUUGACCCCUAUGUUAAACCCCAUCAUAUACAGCCUGAAAAACAAGGAGGUGAAAACAGCUAUAGGGAAAAUGUUGGGGAAAUUCAAAUUUCUCAGGUAG